AUGGUUCACCUACUGCCCAGUAGAAGUACACUACUGAUUCUGGUAGUGGUGGAAGCUGUGUGUCUGCUGGUGGUGAUGCUGGGUCAGCAGGUCACUGUACUCAAUCUGUGCUCCCAGGACACCCAUCAACACACAGACUCGGCAACCCUGCCCUGGCCAACGGUGUACGUCAUCACACCGACGUACCGUCGUGCGUCACAGCUGGCAGACAUGACCAGGGUCUCGCAAACUCUCAUGCAUAUCCGAAAUCUUCACUGGAUAGUAGUUGAGGAUGCUGAGAUGAGGAGCCAGGUGGUGAGUGAGCUACUGGAGAGGAGUGGUCUUCCCUUCACCCACCUGUGUGCAACAACACCACCGCAACACAAGAACCAGAAGUCGAUGGGCAAGGGAGUCUUUAACAGACGGGAAGGUUUGAGGUGGCUACGGGAGAACGCCAUGGAUGGUGUCCUUUACUUUGCUGACGACGACAACUCCUACGAUAUCAGACUCUUUGAGCAGAUCAGGACGACGAAGAAGGCGUCAGUAUUUCCAGUGGGGAUGAUCCUGAAGCUGGGCGUCAGCUCACCCAUCGUCAGGAACAGCAAGGUGGUCGCCUUCCAUGACUCCUUCCAGGCAGGACGGAAGUUCGCUGUUGAUAUGGCUGGCUUCGCAGUCAACCUGCGUGUGAUACACGCCAACCCUAACGCCACUAUACCUCUGCGUCUGUCCUACCUGGAGGAUGGCUUCCUCAGGCAGCUCAGGCUAGAAUUGGAUGACCUGGAACCCCUAGCCUCUGGCUGCACUCAGGUGCUUGUGUGGCAUACCAAAACCCAAAAGGCCAGUUCGCCCAACAUGAAACACGUGACCCAUACAGAUUUCGACACCAACCUGGUGGAGCUAUACCACAACCUACUCCACUGACUCUGCCGUCAACCAGCACUCGUCAGCCUUCAGGCUGACGAUCCACAGACUUCAGUCAGCCUGCUGUGUCAAACGCCCAGGUUCUGCCUCCCCUCUACGAGUAUUACAAGCUUCCCUUCGCCUUCCAGCAACAACCCUCGUCAUUCAAAUUGUUUUUGGAUUUUAUAAAUUAUUAGUACAGGGAGAAUAAAAAGGCAUAAUAUCGUGACUGGAACGAUACAUAAAUAACCCGCACAUAGGAAGAUAAAACGUAUGAAGACGUUGCAAUCUGAUUUGGACCAUUAAUCAGUCAACUAGAAGCUUCUGGUUGACUGAUUAUUGGUCCAAGUCGGAUCGAAAAGUCGUCCUAUGGUUCGCUCUCCGACGUGCGGAUAAUUGAGCAUAUACACAUAUCUGCUCGAUACGGCGUAUACUGUCAGUGGCCCUAUAAACCCCAACAACAACAUGGCUGAUAAAUUUACAUAUAAAACUGGUAUUUAGCAUGCAGCAGGUUUUAAAAAAACGCCUCAGUGUGGUCUUUUUUUUUAUACAUAAAGAAAUCUGGUAGGAUGACGAGGCAAGUGAGUGUUACAGUGUGUUGACGGAAUUAACCCUAGACGUUAUAAUGAGUGAGUUAUAACAAUCUGGAAAAGAUUAAGACAGAGGUUAGGAUCCCAAAAACUAUUUUGGAGAUUUGUAUGUCAGGUUGGAGAGUAAUUUAUAUCCUUGAGAUCUUUGGUAAUUACGGACAAAUGUGUGAUGAUGAGAGUCUUGGAGUUUUAGGACACGCUCGCCGCGGGUUCAGUCCGCACCAGUUCCGUGGUUUGUUUGCAGUCGUUUUUGUUACGAUUUCGUGAGUCUGUGAAUAAAUACUUUUUGCAUAU